AACGCGGUCACCGUGAGGGUUGGAGGCGCGAUCUACCACAUAAUUCACCCCGACAGAGAUGGGCCGAGUGUGGUCAGCCAUGUCUUUCUCUGCGCCCGUCGCUGAGGACGGGCACGAACGUUCGGUGACAGUUCUCUAUGCCACGGAGACAGGGACAGCGCAAGAGGUCGCCGACAGGAUCGCUGCCCAAUGUCGUCGCAUCCAUGUACGAGCUCGGGUGCACGACCUAGAGACAUAUCCACCGGAGAACCUCAUCUCUGAGGACGUCGUCAUCUUCUCUAUUGCGACGACAGGAUCAGGUCGGGAGCCGCGAGCUAUGACACCCCUUUGGAACUUGCUGCUUCGGUCAGAUCUGCCGCAAGAUCUCUUCGAGGACCUCUCGUUUGCCGUGUUUGGCUUGGGCGACUCUGCAUACGAGAAAUUCUGCUGGCCUGCCAAAUUGUUGUCUCGGAGGCUCGUCAGCCUCAGUGCAACCGAAGUAUGUGCGCGCGGUGAGGGUGAUGACCAGCAUCAUCUUGGGAUAGAUGGGGCAUUUGAGCCGUGGCUUCGGAAGUUGAGCGAGGCACUGCUUGAGUUCUAUCCUUUGCCGCCAGGUUUGGAAGUUCAAACUGCGGACAGUUUACCCCUUCCCCGAGUAUCCAUACUAGAUGCGGAUGCGUCGACUCCCGCCCCUUGUCGAACUCCCCUCGAUGAUGAUCCACAGCACUACACUGCGACCGUCUCAUGCAAUCGCCGCAUAACAGCUGAGGAUUGGUAUCAAGACGUUCGACAUUUUGAGUUAGACUUCGAUGAAGAUGUCCGGUAUGAGCCGGGCGAUAUAGCAGUUGUCCAUCCUGAGGCCCAUCCAGCGGAUGUAGAUGCUUUCCUCGUGUCUGCCGGAUUUGACAAGGCAGCCGAUGACCCUAUCACUCUAGUACAUACCUUGCAAGAUCAAUCUCUGCCCCUAUUCCUUCCCACCACGACCACUCUGCGAACACUCUUCACAAAGCACUUAGACAUUAGCGCAGUCCCUCGUAGAUCCUUUUUUGCAUUGCUUAGACAUUUCGUGUCCGAUGAGCUUGAGGGAGAGAAACUAGAUGAAUUCCUCAGUGAGGAAGGCGCGGACGAGCUCUAUGAAUAUUGUCAACGGCCACGACGGAUGAUCCGUGAAGUUCUUGAGGAGUUCAGAUCGGCACGUAUUCCUCGUGAAUACGUGUUCGACCUGUUCCCUCCUCUGCGACCUCGCCACUUCUCCAUCGCGAGUUCCGUCAAGCGCCAUCCACGGCAGGUCCAUCUAUGCGUCGCGAUGGUCCAAUACAAGACCAUGCUUCGAAUACCGCGCAGGGGACUUUGUACUGAUUAUAUGUCGCGGUUACAACCAGGCGAUAAGCUUCCCAUCGGUCUUAUUAAAGGUCUCUUCAGCCUUCCCGAAGACGGUGCGACACCGAUCAUUUGCGUCGGACCAGGCACAGGGGUCGCACCGAUGCGUUCCAUCAUCGAAGACAGAACAUAUGAUGGCUCUUGUGACAAUACCUUGUACUUUGGCUGUCGGUGCGAGUUGAAGGACCAGCACUACGCCGCCGAGUGGCGUGCCUACGCAGAGAGCGGCUCUCUGACAUACCGUACGGCAUUCUCGCAGGACGUCCCGGAAGGUACCCCACGGCGAUACGUCCAGGACGUGAUGCAUGAAGACUUGCGGAGGAUAUGGAGACUGCUCGGUGUAGACGGUGGUUGGCUUUUCAUUUCGGGAUCUGCGAACAAGAUGCCUGCGGCUGUGCGCCAAGCCAUAUGCGACGCGGCGAGGCAGGAAGGGGCGAAGACGGAGGAGGAGGCGAACGAGUUCCUUGCACAAUUAGAGAGAGAAGGAAGGCUGAUCGAAGAGUGUUGGAGCUGAGCCUCCCUUGGAGCAUUCACCAUCAUCGCUCGACCCGUAGUGGUAGGCGCCAUAAUUGUCCUCGUCUUCUGUACUGCGCUCCGAAUCCGAGUCGUGGACUUGCUUAUCUGCCUCGUUCAAUGGUUGGACCUCUGGGAGAAGUGGAUGCGAGGCGGCGGCGUGACACAACCCGACCGAGGUUCCAGUUGGAGGGCGUUCGUAAAUAUAGGCUGAAAGCAGCGAGGUGACUAGGGCUCUUGCAACGAAAUCGAGCGUCGAGCAUAGUUGUGCAGGUUUGUACAGGCAUGAAGUCGCUCGAGUGGUUGAGAGCGACAAGGGGGGAUUGCGAUGCAGCCGACGCGGUGCAGGCUCGCCUUUUAUGUCCAGAGGAUGCGGACAGAUGUGGAGCAUAUACGUACGCUGGGGAGAGAGUACGUCAAUGACGACAGAA